CCGGGGCAGGGAGCCCGAGUCCAGCGGGUUACCCUGGCGGCGGGCGGGCGCGGCCGGGAGCGGAGGGCCGCGGUCGCGAAGAGGGUGAAGAGAGAGUUCCCGAACAAGUCGGAAGCAGCUCACAACACCGGACGCCGCGCGGCAGGGCUGUGGACCUGGGGUGGUUUCGUGCCCCAGUCUUAGGAAACUACGCGCGAGGCACCGUGCUGAGGCGUAGAGGUCACCCUCGGGAGGUUUCGGUGAAACCUGGUGGGAAAUUCCGGGUAGGCGCCUGGAGUUGUGCCCAAGUGGGCAGCUGCGUGCCGCCAGACUUGUGUUCGGGGGAGUUGAGACGAACUGCACGGGUGGGAUUGCAUGGCUCUGCCCUCCCAGCGUUGACAACUCGCCCCGACCGCCCAGGAAGCGCGAGCUUCCUGGCUCCAGAAGUGAUGAUGCUGGGUGGAAGUCGCAGCAUGUGAAGAGUUGCCGGUUGUUAUGGGAUUAAAAAAGAUGAAAGGGUUAUCUUAUGAUGAGGCUUUUGCUAUGGCUAAUGAUCCCUUGGAAGGCUUCCAUGAAGUAAACCUUGCUUCACCUACUUCUCCGGACCUUCUUGGUGUGUAUGAAUCAGGAACUCAAGAGCAGACUACCUCACCGAGUGUCAUCUACCGGCCACACCCUUCAGCUUUAUCCUCUGUACCUAUCCAGGCAAAUGCAUUAGAUGUUUCUGAACUUCCUACACAACCCGUGUAUUCAUCCCCCAGACGUUUAAAUUGUGCGGAAAUAUCUAGUAUCAGCUUUCAUGUUACAGACCCAGCACCUUGCUCUACCUCUGGAGUCACAGCUGGAUUAACUAAAUUAACUACAAGAAAGGACAACUAUAAUGCAGAAAGAGAGUUUUUACAGGGUGCUACUAUAACAGAGGCUUGCGAUGGCAGUGAUGAUAUUUUUGGGUUGAGUACUGAUAGUCUGUCUCGUUUACGAAGCCCAUCUGUUUUGGAAGUUAGAGAAAAGGGCUAUGAACGAUUAAAAGAAGAACUCGCAAAAGCUCAGAGGGAACUGAAGUUAAAAGAUGAAGAAUGUGAGAGGCUUUCAAAAGUGCGAGAUCAACUUGGACAGGAAUUGGAAGAACUCACAGCUAGUCUAUUUGAGGAAGCUCAUAAAAUGGUGAGAGAAGCAAAUAUCAAGCAGGCAACAGCAGAAAAACAGCUAAAAGAAGCACAAGGAAAAAUUGAUGUACUUCAAGCUGAAGUAGCUGCAUUGAAGACACUUGUAUUGUCCAGUUCUCCAACAUCACCUACGCAGGAGCCUUUGCCAGGUGGAAAGACACCUUUUAAAAAGGGGCAUACAAGAAAUAAAAGCACAAGCAGUGCUAUGAGUGGCAGUCAUCAGGACCUCAGUGUGAUACAGCCAAUUGUAAAAGACUGCAAAGAGGCUGACUUAUCCUUGUAUAAUGAAUUCCGAUUGUGGAAGGAUGAGCCCACAAUGGACAGGACGUGUCCUUUCUUAGACAAAAUCUACCAGGAAGAUAUCUUUCCAUGUUUAACAUUCUCAAAAAGUGAGUUGGCUUCAGCUGUUCUGGAGGCUGUGGAAAACAAUACUCUAAGCAUUGAACCAGUGGGAUUACAACCUAUCCGGUUUGUGAAAGCUUCUGCAGUUGAAUGCGGAGGACCAAAAAAAUGUGCUCUCACUGGCCAGAGUAAGUCCUGUAAACACAGAAUUAAAUUAGGGGACUCAAGCAACUAUUAUUAUAUUUCUCCUUUUUGCAGAUACAGGAUCACUUCUGUAUGUAACUUUUUUACAUACAUUCGAUACAUUCAGCAGGGACUUGUGAAACAGCAGGAUGUUGAUCAGAUGUUUUGGGAAGUUAUGCAGUUGAGAAAAGAGAUGUCAUUGGCAAAGCUGGGUUAUUUCAAAGAGGAACUCUGAUGCUCUGCGUGGGACCAUGCCUGAACUCCCCGAAUAACUGAAAAAUGGCUGAAUAUUUUUAUGGUUACUUGAUAUUUAUUUCCAAGGAGUGGGCCUAAUACUUUUUUCCCUUUUUGCAAAUUGCUCUAAGAAGUACCAUGAUUUCUUUUAAACAGAUCUAUGCUGUGUUUGCUUAUUCUUUAGUUGAACACACUAUGAAGAAUUCCAGGUGUACUAGUGAAUGUAAUUUAUAGUUGCAAAAAAAAAAACCUGAAAUAAAUAAAUGUUAGAUUGAAUGUGUGUACAUUUUCUCUUCUAGCUCUGACAUGGCAUUUAGGGUUAGCAGAAUGUAUUAAAUAGUAAUUUUCAAACUACACAGUAGCUUCCUUCCUUGUGAGAGGCAAGAAAGAAGUCUGAGUGGAUAGGACUCACUUUCCAAGGCUCCCACCUCUAGAAUGGCUUUAUUUUUGUCUGUUUUCUAUAUUGGGUUUCAAAAAAGAUUUUAUUUGAAGAAAUACUUCUGCUGCUACAAAGUUUGAAAGUUACUAUUUUAAUUAUUCUGCUCUCUGUAAUUGAAAGAAUCCCUUUAUUUUGGUUAUUCAUUAAAAUAUAGUAGAAGGCAGUCAGAUUUUAUCCCAGAGAUGUAUUCCUGAGUGUCUUGAUAUAGUGUAUUCAUGUUUUAUAUGUGUUGACCACUAUAUUGUCAUUGGAGGGACAUAGAUGUAAAUGAGUUUGACGUGUGUCAAAGGGGUUUAAAGGGGUGUGGGUUGAAAGAAUGGUACAUGCGAAGUAUAUGCUGAUUAUAGAACCACUUGACCUCUGCAUUCCAAAUUGUAAAACUGACUCAACUGGAGAAAUUAUAACAAAGAGGUUUGUGGUAGAAAUGUAAUAAGUAUAGAAAAGCAAAAAGAAAAAAUGAGAAACCACUUUAGUCUCUGUUUAGAGAAAGCUGCUGUUAAUAUUUUUGGAUAGUAGCCUUUCAGCUUUCAGAUAUUUUCUACUUACAUAUGCAUAUUUUUGAAACAAAAAGUAGGCUUUUUUUUUUGCUUUUUAAACCUAAACAUUAAAUAUAUUUUCCCUUGGGUAAACCUAUACAUCCUAAUCCCUGUUUAUAGAAUUUUAACAUAAUUUAAUUGUGUUUGGAGAUGAGGUGGUUUUCAGUUUAUUUUUCAUAUUAUAAUGCUGUGACGAGUAUCCUUAUCUGUACACUUCUGAACAUUGUGGAGUUCUUUCAUGUGGAUGCCUGGAGAUAAAAUUGUGUCGAGAUACAUACAUAUUUUUAAAUGUUUGAUCUGCAUUGCUAGAUUGCCAUCCAGAAAAGUUAAUCAAUUUGUAUUCACAGCAGCAGUGUAUAAGAGGGCUGGUUUUCUGAAGAUAACAUUUUUUUCAGUCCUGUUCAGAGGUUUGGUCAAUCUUACCUGUAGAUGACUUCAGCCACCAGGCUGGAUGGGAGCCCACAGACAAAAGGACAUUGGUGUAUGUUAUGGUGAAAACCAUCAGUACCAUGCCUAGCUCAAGAAUGUGAAAUUGCACCUGAAAAAAACUUUGAACCUACAAUUUUAUGUUCUGAAAAUAGUUAUUCUAAUGUGAGGGCAUUAAUAAGAAUAUGUACCAUCAAGGCUUCAGAAGAUUUUCUAUACAAACUAAAAUCACUUUUGGAGAAAGUACCUAAAUAAAAAGAGAAACAAAUCCAGGAGAUACUGUAAGAUUUGAAAGAAAGGUAAUCAAAUACUCAGAAAAUGUUUGUUGAUGACUUAAAAAGGAUAAAUAAAAAGUAAGACUAAAGAAAAUCAGUAUACCCAUUAAUAAUAAAUCUUUAGUAAUCUAUAAGGGGAAGAAUGCUUUUCAACCUUAUACACUAGAAGCAUGCUCUUUAAAAUUAAUGCGACAGGAUGAUGACUUGAUGUAGAAACUAUAUGUGGAAUUAUAGAUUAAAAUGUGAUUGAAACAUAUUUAGAAAAUGUGAUUAUCUUCCUGAUCCUACUCCCUUUAGGAAGAACUUCUUAAACUGGAAGCAGAAAAAAAAACCAUAAAAGAUAACCAUAAAAGAAAAUAAGUUAUGCUAUAUUAUAAAUUCUUAAUUUAGAAAUCGUGCAUCAGUGGUUAGGCAUUGUGGCUCAUGCCUGUAAUCCCAGCACUUUGGGAGGCAGAGGCAGAAGGAUUACUUGAGCUGCUUGAGCCCAGGAGUUUGAGACGGGCCUGGGAAAAAUAGGGAAACUCCAUUUACACACACACACACACACACAUUGUGUCACACACACACACAUUGUGUCACACACACACACACACACACAUUGUGUCCAUCAACUUGGGAGGAUGAGGUGGGAAGAUUGCUUGAGCCCAGGGGUUCAAGUCCAACUUGGGCAACAUAGGGAGACCUUGUCUCUUAAAAAAAACUAAAGCUAAACUACAAACUGUGAGGCAAUAUCUGCAACAUUUAUAACUAGUAAUAGCUUAGUAUCAAGAAUGUAUGCAGAAAUUCUACAAACCAACAAAAAAGGACAGUGUCACAGAAAAAUAGGCAAAAGACUGAACCAGGCCUUCCACACAAUUAGAAGUGCAUAUGGGCCAAUAAACAUUAAGAGGUUUUCAUCUCUCAAUCAGGAAAACGUAAAUCAAGAUGACAAUGACAUGUUCAAAUUCAUUCGAUUGUGAAAAUUAAGAAACACAAUAAAGUCAAGUUUUGGAGAGGGUUUUAGUCAAUAGGAUCACUCACAUAUUGCUGAUGGGGGUAUCAGUUGGUACAUCCACUGUGAAACACCAUUCACUAGAAAAGUUGGGCCAGGCCCAGUGGCUCAUGCCUCUUGGCUUUGGGAGGCCAAGGUAGGAGGAUCACUUGAGCCCAAGAGUUCAAGACCAGCUUGAGCAACAUAGGGAGACCACAUCUGCACAAAAAGAUUUUUUUGAAUUAGCUGAGCAUGGUGGUGCAUACCUGUGGUCCCAGCUACUUGGGAAGCUGAGGUGGAAGGAUUGCUUAAGCCCAGGAGGUUGAGGCUGCAGUGAAUCAUGAUUGUGCCACUGCACUCACCUUGGGUGACAGAGUAAGGUCAUACCUUAAAAAAAAAAAAAAGUAUACCCAUGGGUCAGCAAUUUCACUUUUCAGUAUAUACUUGAGAAAUGCUUGCACAAGUCUCCCAGAUCACACAUAUAAGAAUGUUCUGGAAUAAAUUAAAAUGUCUAUUUUUAGGAAGGUGUAAUGUGUUCACAGAAUGGGUGAUUAUUACAUGGCAGCAAAAUGAAUGAAUACCAGCUACUUGCAGCACAAUAACUCAGAAUGAAAAAGCAAUUCUGAGAAAACUAUAUAUGACAUGAUACUUUUCUCAUAAAAGUCAAGAACAACUAAAACUGAACAGCUGUUUAGGCAUUGACAUAUGUGACAAAACUUUUAAAAAGUAAUAAAGUUCAAGAUAGUGGUUACCUCUGGAGAGGUAGAGGAGGAGCAAAUCUAUGAGUAAGUCACUGGUAAUGUUUUAGUCCCUGGGUUAGGUGGUGGGUUUUGGGGUGGUUCAUUUGUCAUUAAAAGUAAGUACAUGAGCUGGGUGUAGUGGUGCGUGCUUAUAGUCCCAGCUACUUGGGAGUCUCAGAUAGGAAGAUCCUUGAGGCCAGUUCAAGGCUAUAGUGUGCUAUGAUUUCACCUGUGAAUAGCUACUAUAUUCCAACCUGGGCAACGUAGACCAUGCCCCCCUUUAAAAAAAAUUCAAAAACAAAAUAAAUGCAUGAACAAAUGAAUAAGAGAGUUAUGCAUGGAACAUCGGUGGUGUAUUAUGAAUCAAGCAUUAUUACUAGCUCAGUUAUAUGUGCCUUCAUUCCAAAACAAAAAAUAAAAGGUAACAAAAUUGUUGAAUUGCAUUUGAGAGAGAGGAAAGGAAAGAAUUCAGGUCUGAAUCUUAGGCUUUUGGCUUGAGCUAUUGCAGUUUAUUGAGAUGGGGAAAUACAUGGUGGGGGAAAGUUUGGGUAUGUGCAUAACAGAGACAGAAAUUCAGUGUUUGACAGAUCAAGUGUGAGGUGCCCACUGAGCAUCAAAGUGGAUAUGUUAAGCAGGUAUUGGAUAUACAAAUCUAAAUUCAGUACGGUCAGUCCAGGAGAUAAUUUGGGGAGUAGUUAGCCAUGGGAUCAGAUGGGCGCUUUAGGGACACUUUGGAGAUGAAGUACAGCACUGAGCCCUGAGUUCCUGUGACAGAGAAGCAGCCUGCAAAGACAAAAGGAGAAGCUGUUAGGAAGAGCAAGGCAACAGAAAAGGAAGAACCAGCAUGCUGAUUAUGUUCAGGAGAGUGUUUCUACGCUGAAUUUAAUUGCCAAGAUUACCAAUUCUAAAGAAGAGGAGGACUCUUGGACAAGUUUUUAGAAGUUGGUUUGGAGCUGGGGUGAGAGCCUGGCCUAAUGGAGACAGCUCUGGAUUGGAAGUCACUUAGACCUACAUUCUGGUCUAGGUUUGGCUCCCAAAAACUGGGAUGGUCAGGUAGGUCGCCACUCCUCUCUUUUCGUGGUCUCUCUCAGCUUGAAGACAAUUUACAGUCUUUGACUAAGCAUCCACACUGGAAGAACAAGAUUUGGUUUCUGAACAUUGGGUCUUAGUCCUUAAAAUAAUUUGCAACCUGUUACCUCUUCACUUACUCCCAUCGCCACCACAAGAAUCCUGUGUGUUUUUGUUUUGUGCAUCCAGAGUCUAAAACGGGUCUGCUUUUAUUCAUAGGCUUUUGUUUUCAAAGGUUUUUAUUGUUGCAUUUUUCCCUAGAUAAAAUGUUUUUUCUAUAAGACACUGCUUAAAAGAGUCCAAUGCAGUAUGAAUUUGUAUUUGUGUUUAACUUUUGUGCUUAACAGAUCUGCCAUGGCUGAACUCUCAGUUGCUUAAGCAAAAUUCUGGGGCUUAUUCUAGGUUCCUUUAUUUGUCAUUGUCACUCCCAUUCCAGUUAUCAGCAAAUUCCAUCAGCUGUCUCCAAGACAUCUUAAAUCUGUCUACCUCCCUCCAUGUCCACUGCUACCACUCUGUCCAAGCUAUUAUCAUCUUUCACCUGAACUCCUGCACUAAUGUCUGCUGUCCUUUCAUCCACUCCUGCCCUCCUACAAUCACUGACGGCAGCCACAGGGAUGUUUAUAAAACGAAAAUCAGAUAAUGUCACUUCCCUGCUUAAAGCCCUUUGAGUGGCUUCCCAUUGCACUUAGAAAAAAAGAAAAAAAAACUGGCCGGGUGCGAUGGCUCAUGCCUGUAAUCCCAGCACUUUGGGAGGCCGAGGUGGGCAGAUCCUCUGAGGUUGGUAGUUCGAGACCUGCUUGGCCAACAUGGAGAAACCCUGUCUCUACUAAAAACACAAAAUUAGGUGUGAUGGCGCAUGCCUGUAAUCCCAGCUACUUGGGAGGCUGAGUCAGGAGAAUCGCUUGAACCCAGGAGGCAGAGGUUGUGGUGAGUUGACAUCACGCCAUUGCACUCCAGCCUGGGCAACAAGAGUAAAACUCCGUCUGAAAAAAAAAAAAAAAAAAAA